AUGGGGCCUAGAGCCAUCUCAUCCCCAUCUCCCCAAAUCGCUUCGACCGCACCCCUCAAUAUUCGCAAGCCCCAGCGGCCGAGCCUAGCCCUUCCUACACCGCCCUCCGCGAGGACGCCCACGCCCAACCUCAGUUUGUCCAUCCCCCACGUCGCCUCUCGGCCUACCACGCCCAAACUCGGCUUGAACAUCCCACCGCGGAUAAACACCCAAUCGAGGCAUGGAGAUGGCGACGAUUCGCCCCAGAGCAUGUACUACGGCGGACCGCCCCUCUCACUACCCGCGAUGCAAUCUCCCCAUGCCGAUUUGACGAUACGGCCAGAUUCCGGUGCGACCGCCAUACCGCCAGUGACGAAGCACGAGCCUUUGGACAGUCUUAAAUCCAUUCUCGACAGCCUUCCCCAACAAGGCACCCAAUCACACCCUCCCAGUGACAGCGAGGAGAACAUCCCCGCUCUGCCGAGUGCGGCCAAUCUGCCUUGGACCGAUGGCGUUCUGGAGGAACUUUCGCGUCUCGGCGAAGGAGCCGGCGGCGCUGUUCACAAGGUGAAAGACAAGCGUACCGGACGUCUCAUGGCCCGGAAGACAAUUACCACGAGGGAGGCGCCGAUGAAGCAGCUGCUACGGGAGUUAUCCAUCAUCUCCUCCACAGAGCACAUCAAUAUUAUCCGUUUCCAUGGGGCUUAUAUGUCGCCCUCCUCCAGUGAGGUCAAGAUCCUGAUGGACUUCUGUGAAGGUGGAUCACUCGAGGCUGUUGGCCGCCAAAUCAAGGAGCGUAACGGGAUCGUUGGCGAGAAGAUUGCGGGGCGUUUGGCAGAAGGGAUUCUGCAAGGCCUUGCGUAUCUUCACAGCAAGAAGACUAUCCAUCGAGACAUCAAACCCUCGAACAUCCUUCUCUCCCGUCAAGGCAUUGUCAAGUUGUGCGACUUCGGCGUGUCGGGUGAAUUGAUUGAAUCCAUGGCGGGAACUUUCACGGGCACGAGCUUCUAUAUGGCUCCGGAACGAAUCUCCGGCCAAGAAUACGGAAUUCGAUCAGAUGUCUGGUCGACGGGGAUUUCAUUGUUGGAACUUGCCCAGAAUCGCUUCCCCUUCCCUCCGGAUCUGCCACCUAUUGAACUGAUGAUGUACAUCACUGCCGGCGAGCCUCCUCGACUGGAAGACGAACCCGGGCUGGAGUGGAGUGAUGAGAUGAAGGAUUUCAUUAAACAGACGCAAGUGGUUGACAGUCGAUUCGCUCGCCCGUCCAACGCCGAAGGAUCUGCUUUCUCAUCCAUGGAUUGUUUCCGUGAUGAAACAGGAGACUGA